CGUUUGAGCAGAUGAAACACAUCCUGCACCAUCGUGCGUACGUGGCAUCGGCAGGGCAUGUCCGUUCACGUAUGGUCCACGUACGCACGCCACGUAGACACAAAUGGCCACCGUGUCGAUCGGCUCCGUCGUUGCAAUGCAAUGCAAGUCCGUGACCACCGCUAAAGUCCCUCGAACCCAAGCAAGGCACAAAUCCUGAAGCUUCCGCUUAAAACCAAAGAGUACCCGAACCCAAACCCCUCUUCUCCUUCCUCACACUUCACGCGCAGCUCGCUCGCGAUCUUAGCUAGCUCUAGCCACAAUGCCGCCGAUCACCUCAAAGGCGGCCGCCAUGCUCCCCUGCUCGCUCCUCCUCUUCUUCUUCCUCCUCCUCUCUUCCGCCGCCGCCGCCGCCAUCAAGCUCCCACUCUACCGCCACCUCCCGGCGGCGGCGGCCGCGUCGCCAUCUGCAGCGGCAGCGGAGUCCACUCACCACCACCACCUGUCCCGCCUGGCCGCCGCCUCCCUCGCCCGCGCCGCCCACCUCAAGGGCGGCCAUGGCCACGCCCACGCCGAACCUUCUUCCCAAGCUCCGGCGGCGGUGCGCACGGCGCUGUACCCGCACUCGUACGGCGGCUACGCGUUCAGCGUGUCCCUGGGCACGCCGCCGCAGCCGCUCCCCGUCCUCCUCGACACCGGCAGCCACCUGUCCUGGGUCCCCUGCACCUCCUCCUACCAAUGCCGCAACUGCUCCUCUUCCCCUUCCGCCAUGUCCGCCAUGGCCGUCUUCCACCCCAAGAACUCAUCCUCCUCCCGCCUCGUCGGAUGCCGCAACCCCGCCUGCCGCUGGAUCCACUCCAAAAGCCCCUCCACCUGCGGCAGCACUGGCAACAAUGGCAACGGCGACGUCUGCCCGCCGUACCUCGUCGUCUACGGCUCCGGCUCAACCUCGGGGCUCCUCAUCUCCGACACCCUCCGCCUCUCCCCAUCCUCUUCUUCCUCGGCUCCGGCGCCGUUCAGGAACUUCGCCAUCGGCUGCAGCAUCGUUUCCGUGCACCAGCCGCCGUCGGGCCUCGCCGGGUUCGGCCGCGGCGCGCCGUCGGUGCCUUCGCAGCUCAAGGUCCCCAAGUUCUCCUACUGCCUCCUCUCCCGCCGAUUCGACGACAACUCCGCCGUCAGCGGCGAGCUCGUCCUCGGCGACGCCAUGGUCCCGGCCGGGAAGAAGAAGACAACGAUGCAGUACGUGCCGCUGCUCAACAACGCGGCCUCGAAGCCGCCGUACUCGGUGUACUACUACCUGGCCCUGACCGGCAUCUCAGUUGGCGGGAAGCCCGUGAACCUCCCUUCUCGAGCCUUCGUCCCCAGCUCCGGCGGCGGCGCCAUCAUCGACUCGGGAACCACCUUCACGUACCUCGACCCGACGGUGUUCAAGCCGGUGGCGGCGGCCAUGGAGUCCGCGGUGGGCGGGCGGUACAACCGGUCGAGGCCCGUCGAGGACGCGCUGGGCCUGCGCCCCUGCUUCGCGCUGCCCCCCGGCCCCGGCGGCGCCAUGGAGCUCCCCGACCUCGAGCUCAAAUUCAAGGGCGGCGCCGUGAUGCGGCUCCCGGUCGAGAACUACUUCGUCGCCGCGGGACCUGCCGGUGGGCCCGCCGCCGGGCCCGUGGCCAUCUGCCUCGCCGUGGUGUCAGAUCUCCCGGCAAGCGGCGGCGAUGGCGCCGCCGCUGGCCCGGCCAUUAUUCUCGGCAGCUUCCAGCAGCAGAACUACCACAUCGAGUAUGAUCUCGGCAAGGAGCGGCUCGGGUUCCGGCAGCAGCCAUGCGCGCCGAAGUCGUAAAGCCCGAUCGAAGCUGGAUCAAUUAGCUUUACCUUUCUGCUUAAUCCGAUCAGCUGCAUGCAUGCUUACCAUUAGUUAAUUACUCCACGCAGGCACUCAGUAAAGAUUUAGUGACAGAGCUGUGUACGUGUCGGCGCCUGCUGCUAGCUGUUUAAUUUACUCCCGCUUAUUAGACUUGUGUUAAGGAUUGCGACAGUAAUAAAAUACUCUGCUUCCUGCCGAUGGUUA